ACAAAAUCCUGGGUUUGCAAAUCUCCAACCUUUUUCAAAUAUUAACACUUCCAUGCCUAGUAUCGGAAAUAUCAGAAAUAGCUUACACCCAGUAUCAAGAGCAGCUUACAUUCAAUAUCAACUUAUGCCCGGUAUCGAAAGCUAUUCUUACCUGACACCAGGAGUUUACACUCAGUAUCAACUCACCUCUAGUACCGAGAGUUAUUCCUACCUGAUGCCAGGAGUUUAUACCCAAUAUCAAGAGCAACUUAUACCAAGUUAUUUAGGCAGAUUAUAUCCAGUAUCGGGGACUGUUGAAGUAUUUCAAAAUAGUUUCAUUAAUCAAACCUUCUCAAAUCCUUUCUUUCUUCCUCUUGCCCAUGAAGAACCUAUGCUAAAUAUUGAUCCUUCAGCUAUUAAUGAUUCUUUAACUAUUAAUGAUCCUUCAACCAUCAAUGUCCCUUCAACUAUUAAUUUGACAUCAUAA